ACAUUUUUUUCUAGAUAAUAUCGUGUUGUGUUUUGUAGUAUUUAAAAAGCUAAAAUAUUUUGUUUACUUAAGCAAGUAAACGUCAUAAUUGUGAGAUACGCUAGGGAAAAUCUAUGAAAAUUAGGAAGUUGGUAGAAAGUGUGUCAUGGUUGAUUCUCUUUUCUGUCAUAAUAAAAAACAAUUAUUUAAAAAUAGCUUUCCUACGCUCUCUGAAUAUGUGGAAAAAGAUCGAUCCUAUAAAUGAAAAAGAUUGUAUAUUUCACGAUUUGAUAGAAGAAUGUAAACAUGCUGUACCUGGUGCUAGGUUACCGUAUACUCUUCGAAAUAAACUGGAAAAAUACCCGGUGGAAACUAGAAGGGAUAUUGUAAAUCGCAUUAAAGUGGGUUGUACUCCCCUGUUCAUUGCAUGUAAAAAGGGGCAAACGGAAAUCGUAGAUUAUUUAAUAUCAGUAUGUCGUGCUGAUAUUGAACAGAAAGGUCUAUAUGAGGUUCAAGAAGACAGAUCUACACAUGUUGUCACCCCACUGUGGUGUGCUGCUGUCUCAGGAAAGCUCUCAGUUGUUGAAAUUCUGCUCAAACACGGUGCGGAUAUCAACGCAGUAUCAGACACAGGUUCCACACCUGUACGAUCUGCUUGUUUUAUGACACACUUUGAAAUCGUUAAGUAUUUAGUCGAACAUGGAGCUGACAUCAACAGACCAAAUUAUAAUGGUGGUACAUGCUUAAUAAACUCCGUACAAAGUGCUUCGUUGUGUGAAUUCUUAUUACUAAACGGGGCUGAUGUAAACGCCAGAGAUAUACAAAAUAAAACUGCUCUACAUUAUGCCAUUCAAGAACACAGAUUAGAAACCACAAAAUUGCUGUUGAGAAAUGGGGCGGAUUAUAAUGCGAAGUCUAGGCACGGCGACGAUGCUUUACAAAUGGCUUGUUUGAAAGGAGCCACUCGAAUAUUUGAUUAUCUGAUAAAAAAUAUUUGUUACUCUCCCGAACAACUGGCGAAUGCCCAUGAACUGAUGGGGGCAACUUACUUGGACGAACACAAUGACUUGGCUGUAGCCAAGUUUCACUGGAAAGAGGCAUUGGCAAUGAGGCAAACUCAUGGGUUAUUGCCAAAACAACCAUUUAUGCCGCUGCGGGAGGGUUAUAGAUAUCAGAAAGAAUUUGAGACUUUGGAGGAACUAGAGAAUCUCGCCACAGACUUAGACUUAGCUAGAACGCAAAGCCUUAUUAUGGCGGAACGGAUAUUAGGGCCACACCACAAAGACACUAUAUUCAGGCUUAUGUACAGGGGCGCGUCUUAUGCAGAUGUGAUACGGUAUCAACAGUGCAUAGAUUUAUGGAAACGAGCUCUGGAAAUUAGAGUGGAAAAAGAUUCUAUCCUUUACACUGAUACCUGUUUUACUGCACAAGCUCUCGUUCGACUUAUGAUUGACUAUAACGUAACGUCAACGUUAAAUAAAGAGGAAAAUACAAAACAACGAUUUCAUGACGUGGUAUCUACCUUUAGACUGAUAACAGAAGAUAUUGUGGAGAUGCGGCAACUACUGAAAAUUAGGCCGGUGUACAAGCGUCAAGCAGACUUCUUCGACAAAAUAUUGAAAUGCGUCACACACCUCAUAUACCUAAUGUUGGCGACGUCCACGACUGAAGAAGACAAAACGAUCGUAAAGCAAUUAAUAACGGACUUAGUCAGAAAAAACGUGAGGUGUGCAGCGCAAGAGGACAGCAUAUUGCACCUGUGUGUCUCGAAGCUGAACACCAUCAGGUCCAGCUAUUUUAUGGACGAAGAACCAAUCAUGAUUUUCCCUGACGAGAACGUCGUCAGGUGUCUGCUAGAAUGCGGCGCUCCUGUCAAUGCAAGAAACGAACUCGGUUGGUCGCCGUUGCUGCUGGCAACUUUGGCAUAUAAUUAUUCAGAUCGGCUGAUCAAACUCCUGCUGGAAUACGGCGCGCACAUCGACCAACCGAACGCCACAGGUAAGACUCCCCGCGACGCCAUCCUCGAGAUAUCCAGGCAAUCCUCGUCAGAAAUACACAUCUUAAAUUACAUCACCUUGAAAUGUUUGUGCGCCACCGUCAUUAGCAAAAACAAAAUCCCCUACAAGAAUCAGAUACCUAGGACAUUGGAAAACUUCCUCAAGCUGCACGAACCGUGAAAUUUACGCGGGUUGCUGUCAUUUAUUGCUGUUUUAAGGAUUCACAGCUUUGACACGUUUAAGGCUCUUAAAAUAGUCGUGUAAAGUGAUAUUUUCUAUGUAUUUUUUUUUUCUAGUAUUUAUUGUUAACGAUGAGAUGUAUUUAAAAACUGAUUAGGUCUAUGUUUCUAUUAAUUUUAACAAUAAUGUGUUACUGGUAGUGUCGGGCUAGAGUCGUACUCAACUCUGUGAAUAGUUCAUAACUUAAAAAAUAAAAUUAUCAGUAUUUUACGUGCGUACUUAUUAUUUGAGAUUUUUAAGCGAGACUGCGCCAAAGAUAUUAGCCAUUUGUAUUUACUGAAUUGUAGUGAGAAUUUUAUUUUUUAAUCUUUUAAUUGUGGUUACUAACGAGUAGAUUUUUAGUCUGACACUCUUGUAAAAUUAUUUUGUUUCAUUUGAGUAUGUUAUGAGUACA